AUGAGCUCCAUCAGUGAAGCAACUACCAACUUUUGCCUUGACUUUUUCAAAGUACUGAAUGAAGAUCAUCCAUCUGAAAAUAUCAUCUAUUCUCCUCUGAGUAUCUCAGCUGCCCUGGCCAUGGUCCUUUUGGGGGCCAGAGGUAAUACUGCCACCCAGAUACAAAAGGCGCUUCACGUCUUUGAAUUUGCAGAACAUGAAAAUCCAGGAAGAGGAACCUUUUCUGAAGCAACAAGAAGUUAUGGCAAUUCAGAGAGCAGUCGCAGACUACCUCGUCAUUCCCGGUUACUGGUUCCUGAUGAUCAGUGUGAUAUACCUGGAGGGAUUCAUUCCCAGUUUCAUGACAUCUUCUCAGCAAUCAACAAACCCACCGCUUCUUAUGAGCUGGCUAUUGCCAACAGACUGUAUGGAGAAAAGACAUUCAGCUUUCUUCAAAAAUACCUAUCCUGCAUACAAAAGUUAUACCAGGCAGAACUGGAACCAGCUGAUUUUCAGAAUGCUGCAGAGGAAACCAGGGAGCAGAUAAAUUUGUGGGUUGAAACCUUUACAAAUGGUAAAAUCAAGGAUCUCUUUGCCCCGGGCACUCUUUCUGCUCAGACUACGUUAGUCCUCGUGAAUGCUGUCUACUUCAAAGGGAAAUGGGAAGUGGAAUUUAAGAAAGAAAACACCGAAGAAAGACCUUUUCAGAUUAAUGAGACUACAAGCAAACCUGUGCAGAUGAUGUACCAGAAGGGCAAGUACAAAAUAGCUGCAAUCGAGGAGCAUGACUGUCAGGUGCUUGAACUCCCAUACAAGGGUGGUGACCUGAGUAUGUAUAUACUGCUGCCAAAAGACUACACGGGUCUAACACAGCUGGAAAAGGAACUUACCUAUGAGAAAUUAACAACUUGGAUCAGCCCCUAUUAUAUGAAAGAAGAUGACGUGGAGGUGUCUCUUCCUCAGUUCAAAAUUGAGACAAGCACUCAACUCAACCAAUAUUUGAAAGCUUUAGGAAUAACCGAUGUGUUUAGCCAUGAAUCAGAUUUAUCUGGAAUAGCAGAAGCAGGUGACCUGUCUGUCAGUGCAGCUGUCCAUAAAGCUUAUAUAGAAGUCAAUGAAGAGGGCACUGAGGCAGCAGCUGCAACUGGAAUUGGCAUAGGUGUGACCUCAGUCGGACGACGUAUAGAGUUUGUGGCUGAUCACCCUUUCCUCUUCUUUAUCAGACACCAAAAAACUGAAAGCAUUCUCUUCUUUGGUAGAUUCUCGUCUCCUCAAGAAAAUUUCUAA